CACUUCUGUGCUGAGCAAACCUGAACAUAUUAGUCGAACUAACGUCAAUGUCCUUCAUCUCACCUAUUUGCCGCGCACGAAUGGCCACGGCUGCCAGAUCAGUGAAGUCGACGGCAAGGUUGCUCCACCAAGACUCACACAAUGCAUUGCGUCGUUUCACACCGCUCCAAACCCUGGCACCUUCAUUCAGCAUGAAUGGAAGCAACAUCAUACCUAUGACAGAGCCUUCGCAAUUCUACACCAAUCUCAAGGAUCAUAUUUUGUCGGCGAAGGAGCGAAUUUUUAUCGCGGCGCUCUACAUUGGAAGCUCGGAACAAGAGUUGGUCGAUACCAUUCAUACAGCACUUUCAAAAUCCAAUUCUCUUAAAGUACACAUCUUGAUUGAUUGUCUGAGAGGCACUCGAGCAUCGAAGCAACAAUCUUCAGCGACCUUACUUUUACCUCUGGUAGAAAAGUACCCAGAUCAAGUGCAGAUUUCACUCUACCACACACCCGAUUUGACUGGCCUCUUGAAGAAAGCACUUCCUCAGCGAUUUAAUGAAAGCAUUGGCCUGAUGCAUUUGAAAGUAUAUGGCUUCGAUGACAAUGUGAUGCUUAGCGGCGCGAACCUGAGCACCGACUACUUCACUAAUCGACAGGAUCGAUAUAUAAAGUUUGGCGACACGAAAGACCUGUCAAAUUAUUACUGCGAUCUCCUGGAAACGGUUGGUUCCUUUUCAUACAAGCUACGACCACCAGUUAAAAUGGGCGGACCAGCGGCCCCGUAUAGCCUUCUUUUGGAAAAUACAGCCGACCCAGUUAACAAGACGUUAGAAUUUAAAAGUCAAGCUUACAAACGGAUGCAGAACUUUUUGAAGAAGUACAAAAACAAUGAGAACAAGGUACCAAGUAGUGACCGUGAACAUGAUACCGUCGUAUACCCUGUCAUUCAAAUGGCACCAUUGGGGAUCCGACAAGACGAAAACACAACUCUGCGAAUACUAGACAUCAUUCACGAACAUGGCAAAUCCGUAGAGAACAGUGGCUACUGGAAUGUCCAUCUUACUUCUGGAUACUUCAACUUCACCAAUCGCUAUAAAGAAUACAUCCUUAGAACCGCCGCCAAGUUUGAAUUCCUUACAGCUUCUCCCAAGGCCAACGGAUUCUUCAAUUCCAGAGGCGUUUCAAAAUACCUUCCACCAGCAUAUACCUUAAUCGAGCGCCAGUUUCACAGAGAAGUGAAGCGUCGCAAGAGAGAGUCAUCCAUCACAAUCAAAGAAUUUGAAAGACCAGAUUGGACAUACCAUGCAAAAGGACUUUGGCUCUAUUUACAAGGGGAAAAAUAUCCAGCUAUGACCAUGAUUGGUUCACCCAACUUUGGCUAUAGAUCGAAUGAGCGCGAUCUGGAAGCGCAGGCUGUUGUCAUCACGGAAAAUGCUGGUUUACGCAAGGCCAUUCAUCAGGAACUGGAACUUUUAAGAAAAUAUUGUGAACCGGUCACUGACGAAACUUUCCAAAGAAAGGAACGCUAUGUGCCAUAUGGAGUGCGCAUCGCUACGUCGUUUGUUCGGUCUAUGCUUUAAACCUAUUAGACAUUUAGAGACUGUGCGAGGACUUCGACUAUAUAAUAUUUGUUUGCCAUUAGAUCUUUUGUAACUUCAACCUUAAAAUUAAACCAUGCCCCAUAC